AUGACUAGCACCGGUCAACGGGUCAGCAACGAGCCAGCAAGCCAAGAUCACAGUUGGAAUGAGGUUGCGGUCACUUGGAAGGUUUGGCCGACACUCUGGAGAUGCACUGGUUCGCCAAGAUCGGGCACCUCGUUGUGCUGGGAGCUGUCCUCAUGCGCCAUGCCUCCAUGGCCCUUGAUGGACGAGGCUCUUGAUGAGACCCGAUCGUUUUCAUCUUUUCAACGAUCACAUUCCGGUAAAAACCAAAGCCAUGUCGCCGGCCUGUCGGUCUGA